AUGUCAUCACCGAAUACAGGCAAGAGCUUGUUUAAUACAUUUACGAGGAAUUUGAAAAUGGUCUUGUCCAACGAAUCGUUACCGCAUGUAAGUGAUAACGAAAAUGAUUCAAAAAGUCCCUUAAGCACGUCUCCACCACAGAAUAUACCUAUACCACAAAACCCAUCGUUAUUUCACAACCCGCAUCAACCAUCAACACCAUCAGGCAAUAGUUAUUUAAAUGCUGUACACAGCGGUAUUAGUCGUGUAAGAUCUAAUUCGCUCAAUCCAUCGGAAACUAGUGUACGCCAACAGAAUGUAUACUUUGGUGUGACAUUAGAUAAUGCGUUGGAACAAGGCUUUGCGAAGAUCUCAAUUUUGGGUACUGAUAACAACCCUGAUGGGUUAAACUACGGCAAGAUUCCAAUAGUUGUUGCCAAAUGUGGUGUUUAUUUGAAGAAAAAUGGGUUGACCGUAGAGGGAAUAUUUAGAGUUGGGGGGUCCUCGAAACGGUUAAAAGAAUUACAGAUAAUCUUCAACACGCCUCCAGAUUUUGGAAAAAAGUUAAAUUGGGAGGGUUACACUGUCCACGAUGCGGCCACUAUUUUAAGGAGGUAUUUGAACGCAUUACCCGAACCUUUGAUACCACUAGAUAUGUAUGAGGUUUUCCGUGACCCGCUCAGAAAUAGGAGCAGGAUAAUCAACUAUAUGAAAUAUAAAGCCGCAGUUGCCACAUCGAGUAUUAGCAGUCCAAACCCUCACACAGCAAGAGCUAAUGGCAACAGCAGUAACUCAUAUUUCCCUGAUAUGAGCCAGCCGUUAACAGAAGCCAAUAUUGGCAAGUUGAAUCACGACAUAGCCCCACGAAAAAAUUCAGAAUCGUCAUCCAAUGUAUUCUCACAGAGUGCGCCGAUGCCACUAAGUGAAGAGGAAAUCAACACCAAAAGCAAGAAAAAAUCCAAGAGUUAUAAGAAAUUAACUAAUGAUAUUCACGAAGCUAUUGACGAGUAUAAACUUCUAGUGAAUGAGUUGCCCUUGGCUUCUAAGCAAUUGCUUUUCUACAUUUUGGACUUGCUUUCAAUGGUACAAGCACAAUCGAAAGAGAAUUUAAUGAAUUCAAGAAACCUCGCAGCCAUUUUCCAGCCAUCUAUUUUAUCACACCCGAACCAUGAUAUGGACCCUGUUGAGUAUGCAUUGUCACAGGCAGUAGUUGAAUUUCUCAUAAAAUAUUCGUAUAAAUUGUUGCCUACAACUGUGUCGGCUCCAGAAUCAACCAGUCCUGCUAUAAAAUCACCUAUUGCCGCCACUACUAUCCCUGCUCGCGAAGAAAGUGAUGUAACAUCUACCAGCACCACACCGUUAAAUGAAGAAUCACAUCUAUCAAAAGAGAAUUAUCCACAUCGUGAGUCGGUGACUUCUGAACCCCACGAUAGUCUAGUGGCGGGGUUUCAACACAAUGUGACUGGGUCAAUUCCAUUUGAUUCAGAUAUAGAGAGUGACAUUGGAUCAGAUUUAGAUGAUUUGAAUUUUCAACAAUUAAAACUAAAUGAUGGGUCUCCAAUUAAAUCGUCGUCAACUCCGCCUUCCGCUCUUGAAAUACAGUCAGCACCACAAAUGCCUGCUGCUAUAGUAGUUUCUCCGCCAUCGUCACUGUCCGUUCACCAACUGGAUAAGUGA